ACUCAUGUCUCCCAGGCUUUGGAUAGUUCCGGUCUCGACGCCCUGCACAUCGCCCGGGCACUAUCUCUUGUGAAAGAUGCAUCGCCUCCUCUUGAUCUCACCACGCCUCAAACGCCAACUCUCGCUCAACGUGGACUCGAACCGGCCACCUUAACUGGAAUGUUGGCUGCUCGUCGGAUUGAGAUGGAGCGCUCUAAGAUCGAGUCUCUCCUGCGACACGGUAUUGAGCUAGAAUUCCGAGCCGAGCAUGAUACCGGUCUCACGCUUUGGUCGGCCCAAGAAGCUGAGUUUGAGUUGAGGCGAGGCCAACCGUGUCUGGAGCAAGACUCCGCGGCGACUCUGACCCAACACCCAUGCACAGACUAUCCGGUAGCGCAAUCGUCUGUCCCCUAUUUUCCCCUUUGGUCUUGUCCAUCUACCCCCGAUUUGACGAGACCAGCCGGUCCUCCCGACUUGUGCCAUUCAGAGUUUUUGUCUGCCAAAAAGCACUCCAUGCUGCCGGAUCAUGGCAGGCGAUCUUCCGAAUUCAGCCAACCUCUUGCAGCCCAUGAGACCGACGUCUGGCGUGGAGCCGUGGCAACUCAUCCGACUUCCAACCACUCGCUGUCAGGCCGCCGGUUCCUCUUUGCAGAUCAUGCUCAACUUGCCAUGAAGAUCACUAUGGCGAGGCUCCCCGGUGUAGCCUCGGAAUCGCCCAGCCAUUUGACCAAUCCUGUAUCCGCCUGCUGCCUCUGUAACGAUGCCCCACGAGUCGGUGCCUCCACUCUGCCGGUCUAUUCUCAGCCACAGGUUACUGCCUGCAAGCUGCGGGAUGUCAUUUUUCUCUGA